AUGCGAGACUCGCGCAGGGUUUUUAAGAGCAAGCUUAAGUGGUGCCAAGACAAUGCGGAACAAAUCAAGAUGGACAUAUUAGCAAUGUCAUGUGAGGCGAAGAAAUUCGGAGAGUUCUGGCAGCAAACGAAAGGCCUGAAUGCUCGGGUGCCUCUUCCAGCAGAAGUGGGUGGCAUAACUGGAAGUGAAAACAUUGCCAAUAUGUUCAAGGCUCAGUUCAAAGUGGAUCCUAGCAAGAUAGUUUGUAGUUUGGACGACGGUGAGGACAUCGUGAACUCGGGGAUUAGCCCCUUGCGUUUCACUUUCAAGGAAGGGAAUGAUGCAAUUAGAAACAUGAAACGUGGAGUUGAAAACACAUAUAUAAUCAAUAGAAUUUUUAGUCAAGUUAAUUUCUACAACUCAGUACUAAAGUGA